CCAUCCCCCGCCGGCCGGCUCUGCGCUCCAGGACCUGCCCAGCCCACUUCUCCUGCGGCGUGGGAAUUUGCCGCGGGGACCGGAGCGGCUCCGGCGGGACCCGGACCCGGAGGGCUGCCGCGCGCCCGCCGGGCGCGGAGCCAGGGAGCGUCGCAAGUUUCCGAGUCGCGUGCAGGGACCCGGCGCCGGCGAGCGGGCGAGUCCCGCGUGCUGCGUUCCGAGCCGGACCGGGCCGCGAGAGCAUGGGCAGCGGCGACCGCGGCGCGCCCGGACAGCCCGGCUGGGCGAGCAGCCUCCUUGGUGGCCGGGAGACGGCGGUGCGGCCGCGACUGCUGCCGCUGCUACUGGUGUUUCUGGGCUGCCUGGGCCGCGGCGCAGCGGCGGACGACGCAGAAGUCAACGCCGAGAACUGGCUUCGGCUCUAUGGCUACCUGCCCCAGCCCAGCCGCCACAUGUCCACCAUGCGCUCAGCCCAGAUCCUGGCCUCGGCCCUCGCGGAGAUGCAGCGCUUCUAUGGGAUCCCGGUCACGGGUGUGCUUGAUGAAGAGACCAAGGCGUGGAUGAAGCGGCCCCGCUGUGGGGUGCCAGACCAGUUUGGGGUGCACGUCAAAGCCAAUCUGCGCAGGCGGCGGAAGCGCUAUGCCCUCACUGGGAGAAAGUGGAACAACCACCACCUGACUUUCAGCAUCCAGAACUACACAGAGAAGCUGGGCUGGUACCACUCCCUGGAGGCCGUGCGCAGGGCCUUCCGUGUGUGGGAGCAGGCCACGCCCCUGGCCUUCCAAGAGGUGCCCUAUGAGGACAUCCGGCUGCGGCGGCAGAAGGAGGCCGACAUCAUGGUCCUCUUUGCCUCUGGCUUCCACGGCGACAGCUCGCCAUUCGACGGCACGGGCGGCUUUCUGGCCCACGCCUACUUCCCCGGCCCUGGUCUGGGUGGAGAUACCCAUUUCGAUGCGGAUGAGCCCUGGACCUUCUCCAGCACUGACCUGCAUGGGAACAGCCUCUUCCUGGUGGCCGUGCAUGAGCUGGGCCAUGCGCUGGGGCUGGAGCACUCGAGCAACCCCAGCGCCAUCAUGGCUCCGUUCUACCAGUGGAUGGACACUGACAACUUCCAGCUGCCCGAGGACGACCUCAGGGGUAUCCAGCAGCUCUACGGCACCCCAGAUGGUCAGCCACAGCCCACCCGGCCCCUUCCCACAGUGACACCCCGGAGGCCAGGCCGGCCAGACCAUCGGCCUCCCCGGCCGCCCCAGCCACCACCCCCAGGAGGGAGGCCAGAGCGGCCACCCAAACCAGGCCCUCCGGUCCAGCCCCGGGCCACAGAGCGGCCUGACCAGUAUGGACCCAACAUCUGUGACGGGGACUUCGACACGGUGGCCAUGCUUCGUGGGGAGAUGUUCGUGUUCAAGGGCCGCUGGUUCUGGAGGGUCCGGCACAACCGGGUCCUGGACAACUACCCCAUGCCCAUCGGGCACUUCUGGCGUGGACUGCCAAGCGACAUCAGUGCUGCCUAUGAGCGCCAGGAUGGGCGUUUCGUCUUUUUCAAAGGUGAUCGAUACUGGCUCUUCCGGGAAGCAAACCUGGAGCCCGGCUACCCACAGCCACUGACCAGCUAUGGCUUGGGCAUCCCCUAUGACCGCAUCGACACAGCCAUCUGGUGGGAGCCCACAGGUCACACCUUCUUCUUCCAAGAGGACAGGUACUGGCGCUUCAACGAGGAAACGCAGCGUGGAGACCCCGGCUACCCCAAGCCCAUCAGUGUCUGGCAGGGCGUCCCCGUCUCCCCCAAAGGGGCCUUCCUGAGCAACGAUGCAGCCUAUACCUACUUCUACAAAGGCACCAAAUACUGGAAGUUUGACAACGAGCGCCUGCGAAUGGAGCCUGGCUACCCCAAGUCCAUCCUGCGGGACUUCAUGGGCUGCCAAGAAUACCUGGACCCAGGGUCCCGCUGGCCCGACGUGGCCCGACCUCCUUUCAACCCCAACGGGGGUGCAGAGCCGGGGGCAGAGGGCAACGAGGGAAACGAAGUGGAGCCCGGCCCUGGUGGAGGGGAGGGGGACUUUGGGGCAGGGGCCGGCGGCAAGGACGGGGACAGUCGCGUGGUGGUGCAAAUGGAGGAGGUGACUCGGACUGUGAAUAUGGUGAUGGUGCUGGUGCCUCCUCUGCUGCUGCUGCUGUGCACCCUGGGCCUCACCUAUGCCCUGGUGCAGAUGCAACGCAAGGGUGCGCCCCGCACGCUCCUCUACUGCAAGCGCUCCCUGCAGGAGUGGGUCUGACCCGCGCCCUCCUGCUCCUCACGGUGCUAAGGGCCAGGCUGGUGGCACCUGUGGCUCUGAGAUGGCUCCUGGGGCACCUCUCUCAGCCCCAGUGGGGGCCCCUUCAGGCCCCCAGCAUCCCCCGUCAGUCCUGCCCCCAUUCCCAUUGUUUAUUUAUGCCCGGUAUCUUUCUCUUUUGCACACUAACUGAGCGUUGUUCCCACUUUGCUGACCGGGGUGGUCCCUCAGGACAGGGUAGAGCUUGCUAAAGGCAGUUCUGCUCCACACAGGGAAUUAGGCCCCCCACCCACCCUGGCCUGGCCACAGCCAGAGAGGACCCAGGCCCAGUUGGAAAAGCGGCCGGAGGGUUGUCAAGGUUCUUCCCCCUGUCGGGGUUCUGCUGGCUUGGGAGACAGGUGGGGCCUCACCCCCCUGAGUCUCUCUUGCCUUAGCCAGUGCUUCGCCCAGGGGCAACCCCGUGCUGGAGGGGCCUGGGCGGGGGAGGUGGUCCGCUGGCUGUGAGCCCAUGUCAGCUGGGUCUCUCCCAGCCCACCUCUGACAGCCCUCCAACCCAGCUUCUUGUGCCUACGAACCCCAUGCCAGCCCAGCCAGCGGAGGGGCCAGCGGCCCCUCUCCUGCAUACCCCUUGAGCCCACACCUCCUUCCCUCUCUGGAGAAGGGGCCCUGGGCCUGCCUUACCAAGGACCAAAGGGGGUCUGCCAAGGCCCCUCCCCCAAGGGUAGGGACAGCCUGCCCCCAGCAGAGCCUCAGCCCCGUCUUCUUUCUCCUCGCUGAGCUUUGACCCACCUGGGCUCUUCCCGGCCUCUGCCCAUCCUCUCGCACCCACACCGGCAUCCUCAGAACCCCACCAGCCUGCCAGUGUCCUGGCUCUCUCCUGGGGGGCUGUGGGUGCCCACAGUGUAGGGGCUCCUCCCUUCCUCCCCCUGCCCCCAGGGAGGGGGGGACACAGUGGGCAGAGGCCAGGCUCUCACCCCCCACACGGACUAUGGGAUGGGGCUGUGGAACCCCCAAAGGAGCCCACUGCUGCCGGGCCAUGGAGACUUCCCUCCUCUCGGCUCAACUGUGAGGGCAGAGACACUUCCUCCCUCUUUUCCUGCCCAAAGUAAGUGGGAGGCGAGGCUGCUGUGGGAAAUGGUACUGUACAGCCGGCCCUGAUCCCCCCCACCCCAUCUCCCCGGAACCCUGAGCAGAAAGAGGACCUGCCAGCCAGUCUCUGAGGCCCCUGGGCGGAGGCCCCCUCAGGGGCUACACCCAGUGCGGGUCCAGCAGCUUCCUCCCCCUUGGUCCUCAGAACCUGAGAGCCAGCAAAGGGUGGAGGGAGGUCAGUGUCCACCCUAUACGUUUCUUCCUGUAAAUAAUCUGCACUGAUUAAACCGUAUGGCCGGUGA